AUGGAUGCCACAACCAGCGGAACCCCGACUAUUCAAUACCAUAACAUCACUGACCAGACAAUUACUGCCAUUGUUGUUGCCACACCACUUCCGAAUUUUCAAAGGCAACAACGACAUUGCUUUGGAAACUCUACUCCCGGAGAGUUUCCUUUGUCUGCGAAUCCCUCUAUUGUCCUCCAUGUUCUUACGGCGUGUAAUUUGGAUCCUCAAGACCUUGCUAAACUAGAGGCAACAUGCUCCUUCUUCAGGCAGGCAGCAAACUUUGCUCCGGAUUUAGCACUGUCUUUAUCCGAGCUUGCUGCAUUUGACAUGUGCCAGAAGAGAGCCAUCUUUAAGCCAAUGACAACAGAAGAAAGGCAAGAUUUGAAGCAAAGAUGCGGAGGCUCUUGGAAGUUGGUUCUGAGGUAUUUAUUGGCUGGAGAAGCAUGUUGCAGGAGGGAGAAAUCACAGGCAAUAGCAGGUCCUGGUCACAGCAUUGCUGUGACAUCUAAAGGGGAUGUUUAUUCAUUUGGAUCCAACAGUUCAGGACAACUCGGGCACGGAACCACCGAUGAAGAAUGGCGACCACGGCCAAUAAGAACUUUGCAAGGCAUUCGAAUUAUACAAGCUGCUGCCGGUGCUGGGAGGACAAUGUUGAUCACUGAUUCCGGACAAGUCUAUGCAUUUGGAAAAGAUUCUUUUGGGGAAGCUGAAUACGGAGCUGUAUUGUCAAGAGAAGGCAGGGUUUAUACAUUUUCUUGGGGUAAUGAUGGAAAACUCGGCCACCACACUGAUCCAAAUGAUAUGGAACCUCAUCCUUUAUUAGGAGCUUUAGAAGACAUACCGGUAGUGCAAAUUGCUGCUGGAUAUUGCUACCUUCUUUGUUUGGCUUGUCAACCUAGUGGAAUGUCAGUGUACUCAGUUGGGUGUGGCUUAGGAGGCAAGUUAGGACACGGAACUAGAACUGAUGAGAAGUUUCCUCGUUUGAUCGAACAGUUCCAGACGCUAAACAUUCAACCAAAGGUGGUUGCAGCCGGUGCAUGGCAUGCUGCAGUGGUGGGACAGGAUGGCCGUGUCUGCACAUGGGGAUGGGGACGAUACGGUUGUCUGGGACACGGGAAUGAAGAAUGUGAAGCAGCACCUAAGGUAAUAGAUGCAUUGACCAACAUCAAAGCUGUUCAUGUUGCAACAGGAGAUUACACAACCUUUGUGGUGUCCGAAGAUGGUGAUGUUUAUUCAUUCGGUUGUGGAGAAUCUGCUAGUCUCGGUCAUAAUGCAGUAAACGAUGCACAGGGCAAUAGGCAUGCAAACGUGUUAACUCCGGAGCUUGUGACAUCGCUGAAGCAGAUCAAUGAAAGGGUGGUACAGAUUAGUCUGACAAACUCCAUAUACUGGAAUGCUCAUACCUUUGCUCUAACUGAAUCAGGGAAGCUUUAUGGAUUUGGGGCUGGAGACAAAGGACAGCUAGGAAUCGAACUUGUUGCGAACCAGACAGAAAGGGUAAAUCCGGAACGGGUUGACAUUGAUCUCGGCUAA